UAAUGGACAAAGCUGGUAAAGAGAACCUGAAUGGGCUUCCAAGUCAUAAUGUCAAGGCAGCUGUCGCGGAUGGCCCAAAGCGAGUUCCUGUGAGUCAGAAUCGGGCACAUGGAGAUGCAGUCCAACCACAGCGAGUUCUGGCUGCCUCAAAUGUUCCCCAGCGAGUGCCUGUUCAGUCAAAGGCACGGAGGUUGCCGGUUUCCCAUCCAAAACGUCCCAACCAGUUAAUUCAGCAGCAGCGUCCAACGACUCAAGUUCCAUCAACACCAAUGACUAGAGUUCAAAAUAAGCCAACAGAAACCUCUCAACAGCCCUCCACAUCUGGUAAAAAGCCUGAACCAGAAAGCGUAGCCAAUCAGAAGAAGGAGACCCCUGGCACAUCAAAUACAAAAAAUGAGGAAAAAAAAAAACAAUGGUCUCUUGAUGAUUUUGAAAUCGGCCGUCCUUUGGGAAAAGGAAAAUUCGGGAACGUGUAUCUGGCUCGUGAGAAGGAGAGCAAAUUCAUCUUGGCGUUGAAGGUCUUGUUUAAAGUGCAGUUGGAAAAGGCAGGUGUAGAGCAUCAGCUGCGUCGGGAAGUAGAAAUACAGUCUCAUCUUCGGCAUCCCAAUGUUCUCCGAUUGUAUGGCUAUUUCCAUGACACUACGAGAGUCUACCUAAUCCUGGAAUAUGCGCCUCAUGGGGAAGUAUACAAAGAGCUUCAGAAGGUUACCAAGUUUGAUGAGCAGCGAACUGCUACUUAUGUCACUGAAUUGGCAGAUGCCCUGUUGUAUUGCCACUCGAAAAGAGUAAUUCACAGAGACAUAAAGCCUGAAAACUUGCUGCUGGGAUCCAACGGAGAACUGAAGAUUGCUGACUUUGGGUGGUCUGUGCAUGCUCCCUCCUCUAGGAGAUCAACCCUGUGCGGUACCCUUGACUACUUACCGCCUGAAAUGAUUGAAGGGAGGACGCAUGAUGAAAAGGUGGACCUCUGGAGCCUUGGUGUUCUGUGUUAUGAAUUUCUAGUAGGAAAGCCACCCUUUGAAUCAAAAACAUACCAGGAUACAUACAGGGCAAUUUCAAAGGUGGAGUACAGAUUUCCUCCUUUUGUAACAGAGGGAGCAAGAGAUCUGAUUUCCAGGCUCCUGAAACAUAAUCCAUUCCACAGGCUGCCACUGGAAGAAGUGCUCAAACAUCCCUGGGUUACAGCCAACUCUACAAAAUCUCCCAGGCACCGAAUCACCGAAGCCGCUACCGCUAAAGCAAUCAAGUCCUAG